AUUGCAACCAACAAUACACAACAUGGUUGUCACCUCACUGUCAAAAUGUAAAAACGGAGAACUGUGAAAAAAGAAUUGAUCACGAGUGUAUGUUUUAAAUUUGUAAAUUACUGCACAGAUCUCAAGAGUUGUUGGUGUAGUGAAACUGUUCCAUCAUAUAUUUUAUGCAUAUAAAUUAUAUCACUAAUAUUUACCAAGACAAAUGGAAUGAACACCUCAAGAAGGUUAUGGCAAGGUCUUAAAUUCUAUGUGACAGCACGUCAUGAUAAUUGUACUUGAUUUUGAUAAAAUGUGAUUUCUGCAGUAUUUAACUAGUAAAGUAUUUUCUGGUACCAUUAUUAUCUGUCAACUAGCAGCAAUGAUGAAGAAAAUUAUUUUUGCAAUUUUGCAGUUUUUAAUCUUCGUCAGUACAGAAAGUAUACAAAGUGAAAGCAGUUUAGAAUUAAGUAGUACCACAAAAGUUACAUUCAAUGGCAGCACAGUAACUUCGCAGACACCUGUGAAUAAUAAUGGUCAUAUCAAUAGACAGUCAACAGAAAGUGCUUCAUACACACUUUCACCUUUACCUUUUUCAACAUCCACUACACAGAAUUCAUCUAAAAAUGAACCAGUAUUCACAAAAAUGAUGAAGCCAACUCAAGCUGUUACCUUGGAUCGAAACAAAAGCACAACAAAUCAAAAUAUCACUCCAGUAGAUCCAGUUUUACCCAAUAAAGAGGCGGCAGAAGAUGAACACAAUAGCUCAAUGGCAAUAUUCUUCGUUCUCUGUGUUCUUGCUCUAGGCAUUUUACUUAUUCAUUUUAUGCUACAAACAGGUUUUCAGUAUGUACCUGAGAGUGUUGUUAUCGUAUUUUUGGGAGCUUUAAUUGGUCUUAUAAUGAAUGCUUUAUCUAACAGAAAUAUUAGUAACUGGCGCAAGGAAGAAGCUUUCUCGCCAACAGCUUUCUUCUUAAUAUUAUUACCACCCAUAAUUUUUGAAUCAGGAUAUAAUUUACAUAAGGGAAAUUUCUUUCAAAAUAUAGGUUCUAUAUUGGUUUUUGCAAUUGUUGGAACAACUAUAUCAGCAUUUAUAAUUGGUUUUGGCAUAUAUUUUUUGGGGUUAGCUGAUGUUGUAUACCAACUGAGUUUUGUAGAAUCCUUUGCUUUUGGAUCAUUGAUUUCGGCAGUUGAUCCUGUUGCAACUGUAGCUAUAUUUCAUGCAUUAAAUGUUGACCCUGUCUUAAAUAUGUUAGUUUUUGGUGAAAGUAUUUUAAAUGACGCAAUUGCCAUUGUUUUGACAACAGCAGCAUUGGAAUCAAAUAAUCCUAUAAUGUCUACAGGAGAAGCAAUUGUUAUGGGCAUACAGAGAUUUUGUCUAAUGUUUUUUGCAUCAGCUGGUAUUGGAGUUGUGUUUGCUUUAGUAAGUGCAGUAUUGUUGAAGUACGUGGAUCUUCGAAAGAAUCCAUCCCUCGAAUUUGGUAUGAUGUUGGUGUUCACAUAUGCCCCGUAUGUCUUAGCUGAGGGAAUUCAUCUCAGUGGUAUAAUGGCUAUAUUAUUUUGUGGAAUUGUAAUGUCACACUAUACUCAUUUUAAUUUAUCAACUGUAACGCAGAUCACAAUGCAGCAGACCUUACGAACAUUAGCCUUUAUUGCUGAGACUUGUGUUUUUGCAUAUCUUGGACUAGCAUUAUUUAGUUUUAAACAUCGAGUUGAACCUGCUCUUAUUGUUUGGGCCUUAAUACUUUGCUUAAUAGGUCGCGCGUGUAAUAUUUUUCCACUGGCAAUUUUGGUAAAUAAAUUUCGUGAACAUCAAAUAACAAAGAAAAUGAUGUUCAUAAUGUGGUUUAGCGGUCUUCGAGGCGCCAUUUCUUAUGCUUUAUCACUGCAUCUAAAUUUUAGCGAUGAAACUAGACACGUUAUCAUUACGACAACCCUUAUUAUUGUAUUAAUAACAACCUUGUUCUUUGGUGGGUCAACUAUGCCUUUAUUAAAAUUUAUGCAAGCAACGAAAAAUCCGUCCAGACGAUUGAAGAAACGCAGAAAAGAUAGAGAAGUGACAUUGAGUAAAACAAGGGAAUGGGGCCAAGCCAUAGAUUCUGAACAUUUAUCAGAAACUACUGAAGGUGAAAUGGAAGUAACAUUUGCUCCAGAUAGAAUAAAAGGUUUUGCCAAAUACGACUUGAAAUAUUUCAUACCUUUCUUUACAAGGAGGUUUACACAGCAGGAACUAAAAGAUUGCAAGAGUCAGAUGACAGAUUUAACGAAUCAGUGGUAUCAAGCAAUUAGAAUAUCACCCGACCAGUCGGACGAUGAAAAUGGCACAAUAUCCCCAAGGUCCAGUAUAUCGAGUAUUAUUCAUUAAGCUUUAUAAACUAUGUGAAAUUUAUUGUUGAUUUUGAAUAUACUAUGAAAAUUCUAGUGUU